CUAAAACCCUCUUUAUUUUAGUGAACAACACUUCUACUACCACGGAUAUUUCCACCCGGCGACCAUCACCAACACUAGCGGCCGUCUUUCUUGUUUCGGUGAAAAUGGCAAAAACUAAGGGUUCUUCCAAGAAGCAGCAAAAGCGUGGAAUUGACUUCAAAAAAAUAAAGCGAAAGAUCGGCAGGAAAUUGCCACCUCCUAAGAAUACUACUAAUACAGAAAUUAAAUCCAAAGCAAUUGUUCUUCCGGAGCAGAGUGUGGCAUCAGAGAAAGCAGGUUUAGCUGUGAGCAAGAAAGGCUUAACUUUGAAAGAGCUUCUUCAACAUACAUCCCAUCACAAUGCGAAAGUCCGUAAAGAUGCCUUGAUGGGCAUGAAGGAUUUAUUCCUCAAUCAUCCAGAAGAGCUUAAAUUGCACAGAUAUGCUGUUAUAGAAAAAUUACGUGAACGGAUCAGUGAUGAUGGGAAAACUGUUCGAGAAAACCUUUAUCAACUUCUUAAGUCAGUGAUUUUACCAGGCUGCAAAGAGGAUAAUCAGGGACUUGUCAUUUCGUUAAUGAUGGCUUACAUCUUUAAUGCAAUGACACAUUUAGCAAUUGACAUUCGACUUAUGGCAUUCAAAUUUUUUGAUCUCGCUGUUGAAUAUCAUCCUCCUUCAUUUUUCUCAUAUGCUGAAAAGAUACUUCAAAAUUAUGAAGAUAUUCUUCGGAAGAACCAGUUCUAUUUAGAAGACAAAGUCAAGCUGAAGAAUGCUCUUGCUGGUUUGGUGCGAUGCUUGUUGCUGUUGCCAUCUAGUAAAGAAGUUAACCUGCCUGCGAAGAAUAUCCCUGAGAAAAAAAUAUUGCAGGCUUUUGAGCCUGAUGUGCCUACAGUAUUUGCAGAAUAUUCCGUCAUCAUCAAGAAGCUGAAAGACCUUGUACCAGUUUUAGUCAAUUGCUUCCAAGAUUUUCUCCCUGUACUUCACGACUCACUAGAUGCACAAUCAUUUGAUUGCAUGCUUAACAUACUUCAGAGCAUAGAUCUUGCAGUCGCAUUCUUUAUACAUGGGAUUCAGCAAGGUCAUCCCGAAUCACCACCUCUUGAUCAAAGCUUCUCAUCAGUAUUGUUGAAGAAGUUACUAGUUGUGUUUCCUCUCAGUCCAAUGCAUCACCUUUCAGAAAAGGAUGAUGACAGAUAUGUUCUCUUGAACAUUGUAAUUACAGAAAUAUUUAUGCACUUAAGUGAAUGGAUCUGCCCACCUGCUGUCUUAUUUGAGAAAUUUCUAUCAUUUGUGGAAUACGUGUUGCUUGAAAAGAGCUGCAGUAACGUGCGAUCUAACAAAGCAGUUCGAGAAAAGCAGAUAUCUACACUGAUUCCUUUUAUCCCAAAACUUGUGUCACGGGUGAUUGGAAAUUGGAAGAAUCGCCUUCUCCAGGCAUUUACAAAGACAUUCCAGGAUUGCAGUCCAGAGUCUUCAGUAAAAUUAGCUUGCCUUGCUGCAAUUGAAGAAAUGAUCAUUUCUCAUGAAGAUCUGCUGUGCACAGAUGUCAAUGAUUCAGGACUAUUUGACUACAAGAUUACUUGGAUAAGAGAGCUGCCUAUGUUGCUCAUUCUGCUAGGCGACCGGCACUCAUCCUCUUCCAAGGUUGUGUUGCAUCUUCUACUUCGCCUGGGGCAACGUUCAUUGUUGUAUGAUGAUAUGCAAGGCUUGCUGAAAGAGUUCUACAGCACAGAUCAAGACAAAGGGAACAUAUGUUAUGGUCCUUUUUUAAGGCUAGCCAGGGAUUCACAAGAACUCUCUAUCUGCUGUCUUUAUUAUUUUUCUCAACUGGAUUCAACUUUGCUGAAGUCAAUUGCUUCUUGCUGCGUGUGUCAUGAGUUGGAUCCAUUUAUGUUAUUCCGGAUCAUAGAGGUUUUACAUUCAACCUACAAAGCUGGCCACAUUCAGAUUUCUGACUUCAUCAGCUUCUUAAUCACGUUGGCUUCGCGUUUCAAAGUUUUUCCUGAAAAUAUUUUUCCUGCCACGGAGAGAGAUAUGAAGACCUCAAAUCAUGCAACUUUUAAAUCAUUGAUCAGUGUUGUUUGCUCAUGCCUGUCGCAGAUGGGUGACAAUUCUCUAGUUUUUGUGAUUCUAGAGAAAGUAAUGCUAGAGCAGCUAUCAUUAAAACCACCUCUGGACAAUUCUUGUGCUAUGCUCAGAAUGCUUAUUGCACUGGAUUCUAAGCCCACAAGACUUUCUGAACAAAGUAUUUGCUCUUUAAGCAAUGUCCUCUCAGCAUAUCUCAUUGAUGUUGCACAUUGUGUUCUAGAAGAUGAUGAUGAGAGCAUGAGCUCCAUCCAUGGACAAACACGUCGUUAUUAUCUUCUGCCUAGCUUUAUCCUGUUUGAUAGAAGUCACAAACUUCUCAAUCUUGUGUUGAACGUGAUGGGGUCAUCGAUUAAUGGAAGAAGUUUCUCACUUCUAUCUGGUGAUCGUAUCUGUUAUGCCAAGGGGAGCUCAAGUAUUAUAAAUGCUAUUGUUUCUGUUUUACUAUGGAUGCAAAGGGAAGCUAAGGUUCAGCAAAUUCUUUAUUUAUACAAGGAAGAGAUUGACCACAUUUCACGAAGCAUAUGCUCUUUACAGUCUUUAGAGGAAAUCAACGUGCCAAUAGAAGAAAGACACAUAAUAAACCGGGCAAUUGAUCGAUUAAAGACUCUAACAAGUUCAUUAUAUCAGUAGAAGCAAAUGACUUAUAUUAUCAUUGCGGAUACUCAAAUUUCCCAGCAAAUAGAGGGAAGUUGGAGAGAUUGCAUAAUAAGAUGACCCAUAAUUGCAAGGUACAAGCUUGGAAAAGGCGAACAGCUUUGAUGGUUUAUGAGGAUUUGCCAUAGUGGCUGGGAAUGUGUUAAAGAAUAUGGCUUUUUUCGCAAGUCAAUGAAGGCAGCAUCUAUAUUCCAAGUUUUCUGUGGCAUGCGGGCACAGUUUUGAAGUCUUAAAUUGCGUUACAAUUUUGAAUUAGGUAAUAGAUGGUUAGAGGGGGGAAAUGUUAGCCCCUCAUUUUCCUUUCUUUUGUGGUAUAUAUAGGAAUGUUGUUGGAGAUAAAAUUUUGUAAUGGAAAGAAGUGAAGGUUAAUCGGUUGUUGGAUGAACACUUGCACAGGACA